UCGUUCUGGGCAGAGCAAGCAGAACUGUCACAAGAGCAGGAGCGCUGAGCUAAAGCACCUCUGAAAGGAAGCCCCAGUAAAAACCAUGUCAUUCUGCAAACUUCCUCUGAGAAAGAUCGCAACCAGAUAAAGCAGGGGCAGUUUUCUUGCCUGGUAAGAGAAGGCAGUGGCAUAAUGAGGAAGCAGCUUAUCACCCACCUUAUAGGCUUUUGCUGGUUCGUCUGCUUCAAGGGGACUCAGCAUGUCUCCAGCGCUCUGAACAGGUGCGACGAUCCAAUGCUGUGCCCUGAUCACGCAACGUGCACCAGUACUCUCCAGGGCUACUACUGCACCUGCCGACCUGGGUUCAUAUCCACUUCAGGGGCCACGAAGUUCACUGAUCCAGCCGUCCAUUGCAACGCUGACAGGUGUACGGAUUCAUCUGUCUGUCCUGCUUAUGCAACCUGUGACAACAUCGCCGGGAGCUACCGCUGCACCUGCAAACGUGGGUUUGCAUCUAGCUCUGGGGAGCGGCACUUCACUGAUGCGACAGUGACAUGCAACGAUCUUGACGAAUGCUCCCGGGACCCAUCGCCCUGCGGCCCCAACUCCAUCUGCACCAACAAAAGGGGCAGUUACACCUGCAAGUGUCCCCCAGGCUACCUCCGCAGCAGCCAGGCUGGCAUCCUGUUCAGCUGCAUAGAUGUGGAUGAAUGUGCCCAAACCCCUGCAAUCUGCGGGCCCAAUGCCUCCUGCAUGAACACACCUGGGAGCUACACCUGCCAGUGCUCACCCGGGCACCAUCCAUCCACGCCAGGGCCUUGGGUACCCGGAACAACCCACUGCACAGAUAUGGAUGAGUGUCUGGAUCUGGCAUCAUGCCCUGCACACGCCACCUGCACCAACACCCCAGGAAGCCACUACUGCACCUGCAAUACCGGCUUUGCAUCCAGUUCUGGGAAGCAGCGCUUCACUGACCCAGCAGUGCAGUGCAACGAUCUGGACGAAUGCUCCCAGGACCCAUCGCCCUGCGGCCCCAGCUCCAUCUGCACCAACACACUGGGCAGUUACAUCUGCACGUGUCCCCGAGGCUACCUCCCCCACAGCCAGGCUGGCAUCCCGUUCAGCUGCAUAGAUGUGGAUGAAUGUGCCCAAACCCCUGCAAUCUGCGGGCCCAAUGCCUCCUGCAUGAACACACCUGGGAGCUACACCUGCCAAUGCUUACCUGGGCACCAUCCAUCCACGGCUGGGCCUUGGGUAACUGGAACAACCAGCUGCGCAGAUAUUGAUGAGUGUCUGGAUCUGGCAUCAUGCCCUGCGCACGCCACCUGCACCAACACCGCAGGAAGCCACUACUGCACCUGCAAUACCGGCUUUGCAUCCAGUUCUGGGAAGCAGCGCUUCACUGACCCAGCAGUGCAGUGCAACGAUCUUGACGAAUGCUCCCGGGACCCAUCGCCCUGCGGCCCCAGCUCCAUCUGCACCAACACAGUGGGCAGUUACACCUGCAUGUGUCCCCCAGGCUACCUUCCCCACAGCCAGCCUGGCAUCCCGUUCAGCUGCACAGAUGUGGAUGAAUGUGCCCAAACCCCUGCAAUCUGCGGGCCCAAUGCCUCCUGCAUGAACACACCUGGGAGCUACACCUGCCAGUGCUCACCCGGGCACCAUCCAUCCACGCCAGGGCCUUGGGUACCUGGAACAACCCGCUGCACAGAUAUGGAUGAAUGUCUGGAUCUGGCAUCAUGCCCUGCGCACGCCGCCUGCACCAACACCGCAGGAAGCCACUACUGCACCUGCAAUACCGGCUUUGCAUCCAGUUCUGGGGAGCAGCGCUUCACUGACCCAGCAGUGCAGUGCAACGAUCUUGACGAAUGCUCCCGGGACCCAUCGCCCUGCGGCCCCAGCUCCAUCUGCACCAACACAUUGGUCAGUUACACCUGCACGUGUCCCCCAGGCUAUCUCCCCCACAGCCAGGCUGGCAUCUGGUUCAGCUGCACAGAUGUGGAUGAAUGUGCCCAAACCCCUGCAAUCUGCGGGCCCAAUGCCUCCUGCAUGAACACACCUGGGAGCUACACCUGCCAGUGCUCACCCGGGCACCAUCCAUCCACGGCUGGGCCUUGGGUACCCGGAACAACCCGCUGCACAGAGGUCACUUCAAACUAUCUGGUGAGGAAUUGUAAGAACCGAGGGCUGGAUGCGGCUCACAGCUCAUCCCCAAACAAUGAUGCAUUCUGCAUGUUAUUGGCCUCCACUUUCAGCGUCUUGGGAGACCCCAACGAAAGGAAGAACUCCACCAUCUCUCUGGAGAAAGCCGCUGAGGGAUUUGCCUCUAUCCUGGAUCAGACGCCCUCCUGGUCCAACCUGAGCACGGAGCAGGUCUCCACCAUGGCCACCGUCUUCCUGGAGAACGUGGAGAACGUUGUGCUGGACGUCCUCAAGAACCCCACUGGGAACGGGAGCCAGACCAUCCAGAUGAAACAACUGGAUCUCCAGACCAAAGUCAUUGAGGACGGCUGCCCCGGAAAGGACUCAGUCGUCAGCCUGGAAGUCAAAGGGGAGACCAUGAAGAUUAGCUGCAGAACAAUCCAGGGAACAGUGGCACAAGCCCGGGCUGGAGUGGCGUUUGCCUCCUACGUGGGCAUGGAGUCCAUCCUGAAUGGCAGCUUCUUCCAUGGCCAAAGGGCCACCUCUGUCUGGCCAGUUCGGAUAAAUUCCAGGGUGGUGAGUGCCUUUCUGACCAGUCAGGCCAAGACCGAUUUCCCGGAUCCGAUCAACUACACCUUCCAGACCAUCAUGCCAAGCAGCAGCCCCGACAAGCUCAUCUGCGUCUCAUGGGAGGCCACAGACCGGCGUGGCAGCUGGUCUCGGGCAGGGUGCGGGGUCAUGCGCAGCAACGCCACUCACACCACAUGCAGCUGCAAUCGCAUCUCCAACCUGGCCGUCCUCAUGGCAUCGGGGGAGAUAACGGCAGGCUUCCCGCUGUUCCUCAUCUCCCACGUCGGGCUGGCCCUGUCCCUGCUGUGCCUCUUCCUCGCCAUCCUCACCUUCCUCCUGUGCCGCUCCAUCCGCAACGUGAACACCUCCAUCCACCUGCAGCUCUGCCUCUGCCUCUUCCUGGCCGACCUGCUCUUCCUCACCGCGGUGGACAGCCCCAGCCAUCAGCUGGCCUGCGUCAUCAUUGCUGGCCUCCUGCACUACCUCUUCCUGGCCUGCUUCGCCUGGAUGUUCCUGGAGGCCGUGGUGCUCUUCCUCACCGUCCGCAACCUCGGGGUCGUCAACUACUUCAGCACCCACAGCCCCAAGAUGUGGCACCUGAGCCUCUUCGGCUACGGCUUCCCCGCCCUGGUGGUGGCCGUCUCGGCGGUGGUUAUGCCAGAGGGCUACGGCAGGCAGGAAAACUGCUGGCUCAGCAUGGAGAAGGGGUUCAUUUGGAGUUUCCUGGGGCCAGUGUGUGUCAUCAUCGGGAUUAAUUCCGUCCUUUUUGCCUUAACCCUCUGGAUGCUGCAGAGAAAGCUUUCCAGCCUCAACACUGAAGUGUCCACCCUUAAGAACACCAGGCUUCUGACCUUUAAAGCCAUUGCCCAAGUCUUCAUUCUGGGCUGCACGUGGAUUUUCGGUCUCCUUCAAGUCGGCCCAGCCGCCACGGUCAUGGCGUAUUUAUUCACCAUCAUCAACAGCCUGCAGGGAGCCUUCAUCUUCCUGGUGCACUGUCUCCUCAAUCGCCAGGUGCGGGAGGAGUACAAGAGACGAUUCACCUGCAAACCUAAGUCCUACAUUUCCGAUGUCUCCAUGUCUACUUUAGCCACCAGCAGCAAAGCGGGCUGACGUUCUGGCCGGGAGGCAGGAGAUGCCAUCGCGCCACAGGAGAAGGAAGAGCUUAUCGCAGAACUUGAAUCUGCCUUCUUUAAAGUGCUUGCAGGAUCAGAACUUCGAAACCAACCUGCCAGCUGGAGUGUGAUCCCGGGGUUAAAUCAGCGGGCUGGGAAGGGGAGAGGGGUGUGAGGAUUAGAGCUGAGGGUGCUGGCAGUCAGGACUCCUGGGUUCUUCUAUCCCUGGCUGUGGGGUCUAGUGGUUAGAACAAGUUAGACUCCCUAGGCAUGGGUCAGUAGCACCUAUAGUUUUAAUCCAGCUAUAGCUUAAUCCACUGCUGCUGCUUUUUAGAGAUUCCCUUUCUCCUUAUUUAUCGUUCUCCCCUGCCCUCAAUCCUUCAGUCCCCUGAAAUCUGAGCAGAUUUUGCAUGUCUGCGGCAUUUCAAUACUGUACAAUGAGUUUGAUUUUGAAUACAUGACUUC